AUGGCCGAUGCCUGCGCUUGCCGAACAUGGACGCUUCGGGAUUUGGGCGCUGCUCUGCAGGCUUGCAAGAAGAGUGCGCAAUGGCAGCUGGCCUUGCAAUUGCUGUCGCAAGUCAAUUCUCUUGGCCAAGGAACUGCAAUCCUCUAUACAGCUGCCAUAGGGUCAUGCAAGAACAACUGGCGCCAUGCUGUGCAGCUUCUAUGCAACAUGAAGUCCAUCGCUGUGGAGGCAGAUGCCUUCUGCGGAACCGCGCUGCUUCCAUUGCUGCAUUGGCGCCAAGCUGUUUACUUGCAGCAGAACAAGGCGACUGGUGUGAACAUCAUCACCUUGAACGCAGCUAUGAAGACCUGCGAGAAGACCAACCGCUGGCAGUGCGCUUUAGCUCUACACCAAGGCGAGUUUCAACCUGACGCGAUCUCCUUCAACACAGCCAUUUGCGCUUGUGAGGCUGCAACGUGGUGCUGGGCACUGCAGCUUCUGCACUCCGCUGGUUCCGUGAAUAUCGUCACCUUCAAUUCAGCCAUGAGAGCCUUGGUCACUGGCGAACAAUGGCAAAGAGCAUUAAGUUUGUUGGAGAUCAUCCACUUUCGACGGCUGAGCAUGACAUCAGUGACCUCCUCUACGGCCAUCACGGCGUGCGAUCGAGGGGGUUUGUGGCAGCUUGCCCUUGCUCUUCUUUGGGACGACUUGGCCAUGGGGAAUAUACAGGUGGUCACGAUCAGUUCGGCGAUCACAGCAUGUGAGAGAGCGGGUGAAUGGCAGAAGGCACUACAACUUUUCUGGGAGCUCACUGGAAAGGUAAAAUUGGACAUCAUUGCCUUCAACGCAGCCAUCAGUGCAAGCCGUGGCCAGUGGGUUUUGUCCAUGCAGCUGCUAUGGAUCUUGCGAAGUCGUGGGAUCAAGGAUAGCAUGGUGACCAUGGCAACCAUUGCGACCAGCUGUGCAAGUGGCCGACAAUGGCACCGCGCAACCCUACUAUCAUCCCGCUCGAUUGUUGGGCAGAAUGCGGCACUCAGUGCCUGUGAAGGCACUGGACAUUGGCAGGAGUCCCUCACUUUCUUGAUGGAGAUGAAACUGGAGGCCGUACAGCCAAGUUCAGUGUCGUGGAACAGCUGCGCCAGUGCUAUGAGUGAGAAGUGGACAGUAGCCAUGGCGUUGCUGUGCCAAGCUCAGGAGGGGUGCCUUGAAACCACCUUGCCACUGAGCAAUGCCGCAAUGAGUGCCUGCCAGACAUGUGCGCAUUGGCCACAGACCCUGGGUGUGCUGGCUGAUCUUCCACAGAGGAAGCUGCAAGGAGAUCUGUUGAGCUUUAGUGCGGGGCUUCAAAGCACUUGGCGCAGCAGCCUGGAAGUGCUGAAGAUGCUGCAAGAUGCAUCAAUCCAGGUGGAUGCCAUUGCGUACGAUGCCAUGCUGAGUACAUUAGAGAAAGCAGGACAAGGUGCUUUGCUUCUGGAGCUGCUGACCGAUUUGCAUCCAGCGAUGCUUGGAGCCUGGGCACCUGCAAUCGCAGCCUUCAUUGUGGGAGCGAUGCACGUGGAAGAAGCACCCGGAAGCACACGGAAGCACCGCUACUUCCGUCACCUCUUGGUUCCACGUGUAGAGAUGUGUUCCGAGACGCCAGCAUUUUGCUUUGGAGAACAGGUCCACUACUUGUCGCGCCAGACGAACGAAUGGAUCCCAGCUGUGGUUCAAGGCCAUGUCAUGGUUGGUCAAACACGUUACUACAACUUGGAUGUCCAGGAAGCUGCCGAUCCCAGCCGAGUGAUGUCCAGAGAGCAGUAUGAAGCAAUGAAGUUCGUGAAUCCGGUGAAUCCAUUGACGGAAGUCUUUUGCUUUGGAGAACAGGUGCGCUACCUGUCCAGAAGUACUGGACAAUGGAUUCCUGCUGUCGUUCAGGGCCAUGUCAUGAUCGGUCAAGAGCUUCACUAUCACUUGGACAUACAGGAGUCGGCUCACCCAAGUCGCGUGAAGCGGGAAGCUGGGCAAGCAGCUCAAGCAACUCAAGCAACUCAAGCAACUCAAGCACAGUAUCCACAGUAUCCACCAAGUGCCAUGGCUCCCACAGUCCCUGCGCUCCCUGAAGUUCCAGCUCCACCAGCACCAGCACCAGCACCAGAGCCUCAGGUGCCUUGCACCGCUGCUUCGGUGAACUCGCGCCCGGUGCCUGCGCCGUUGGAAGACUCCGUUUGUGCUCUGAGGGUGGCAUCUCCAGCGCCUCGUGCGAAAGCAAUCUCGGUGCCACAAAGCCGCCAGAGAGAAAGCAUUCCACCAGCCGCCAAAGCUCCAGAUAAGACAACUAAGACCAGCUGUGAGAUGCAAGAUGGUUUGAAAGAGCCUGAAAUUGUGAAAGGGGGUCCUGGGGGUCUUGAACGUGUUGAACGACCUUCUGACCUCUUCAGUCAGAAGACUUUUUUGGAUGAGCCCCAUUUUGGGCUUGCCAGGGAGACCUUCCCCGAUUCGCCUGAUUCACUGUCUUUGAAUGUGUCAAUACCUCUGAUACCUGUGGCGCCGCAGACUCGGCAUCGAGUGGAGCAAGUUGAAGGAGCUGCUCGUCCACCGGUGCUGGUGCAGCCAGUGCAGCCAGUGCAGCCGGUGCAGCAGGUGCAGCGGCUGUCGGAUCUCUUCAGUCAAAAGACUUUCCUGGACGAGCCACACUUCGGAGUCUCAACGACCUGUGACAGCUUGGUCGAAGAUAGCAUACCGGUCAACAAAAAAAAGCUGCUGUCUUGCAGCAACUUGCAGGGCCAACAUGUCAGCCAAUGA